UUUUGGUUGAGGGGAUAGGAUUAGGAGAAGAGAAGGUCUGGUCUACGCGGUUGCUGUCAAAUUUGGAGAGAGCUUCGGAGAACUAUAUAAACAGACAAGGAAGCGGAGAGGCGAUUUAUAUAAAGGCCCUACGGCAAUCCGAACAACACGUAUAUCUACCGCUUAUCUCUCAUCUCUCUAACACAUCCUUAUCCAUAUUUUCUCUCUCUCUCUCUCUCUCUCUCUCUCUCCUCUACCACUUUUGUCUACUCCUCCUCUGCAAACCCAUAUCCUAACCACCAUCUCUUCUUUAAUUUUCGUCUUUUCUUUUCUCUCUAUCUCUUGAGAUUUUCCUCUUAUCUGUACAGAUCUUGAUUUUACUACUACUUCUUUAUUAACAAGCUCUGUUGAUAUUCCUUUCAAUAUCCCAGUGCGUAUGAUAUGGCUUUGGUUUCUGCUUUGUUUGAGAUCUUACAACGGCCCACAAUUUGGGACGUAUUGACAGAACUCAUGGUGUUCAUGGCCCCUCUCUGGGUUGCGACUAUUGUUGGGGUUGUGGUCGGGUGGGCAUGGAAACCCAAAUGGGUUAAUCUAACUACAGAUUCGUUCGAUUUUUCUUCACGUUCGAAAAACGGUUCUUCUUUGACAGAAUGGCCGGCGUCCUUUUCUUGUUUGAUUCCGUCGUCUUUGACUAUUCCAAGCUUGGAUUCACUGAAAUUGCUAUUGCCCAGCUGCAUUUCUUGGUUACCCAUCAAUGGGUUAGAAGAGGGGAAUUCCACUCUGUCUCCAAGCACAACCGUUGACUGCAGUUCAUCAAAGCCGGAAAAAGCAGAAACGGCCGUGGUUGGUAAAGAUGACUUGGAGCAUUUAUGCCGAAUUGUAGAGGAGAAAGACGGCGGCCCUGCUUGGAUUCAGAUGAUGGAUCGAUCCACACCUGUUAUGAGUUAUAGAGCUUGGAGGAGAGAUCCUGAGAAUGGGCCCCCGCAAUACCGUUCCAGCACAAUCUUCGAGGAUGCCACUAUUGAGAUGGUGAGGGAUUUCUUUUGGGAUGAUGAAUUUCGAAUGAAGUGGGAUGACAUGCUUACGCAUGCUGAAAUUCUAGAAGAGUGCCCCACCACAGGAACCCUAGUAGUUCAGUGGGUGCGCAAGUUUCCCUUCUUUUGUAGCGAUAGGGAGUACAUUAUCGGCCGUCGGAUUUGGGAAUCAGGACGAUCAUAUUACUGUGUUACAAAGGGAGUACCGUGCCCCUCUGUACCCCGGCGCAACAAACCAAGGCGUGUUGAUUUGUAUUAUUCAAGUUGGCAUAUACGAGCAGUUGAAUCAAAGAGGGGAGAUGGCCAGCUGACUGCUUGUGAGGUGUUACUCUUCCAUCAUGAAGAGAUGGGAAUACCUUGGGAAAUCGCAAAGCUUGGAAUCCGACAGGGCAUGUGGGGAGCUGUCAAGAAGAUAGAACCUGGCUUACGUGCAUACCAGAGAGAGAGAGAAUCCAGUGCCCCACUAUCACGGUGUGCCUUCAUGGCUCAGAUCAACACUAAAGUUAGCGCAGACUAUCUGGAUUCUUUGGAAAGCACAAGAAGCAGUUCAUCAGAGGUUGAAACCCUGAAUUCAUCCGAAGAGAAGCCAAGGAGGAACAUACCGAAGCUUCUAGUCAUUGGUGGGGCCAUAGCGCUCGCUUGUAGUCUCGACCGAGGACUUUUGACAAAGGCUGUUAUAUUUGGGGUGGCUAGAAGGUUUGGAAAUAUUGGGAAGAAGUUGUGAUUGGUAUGCUUUUGCAUCUGGUCCACAGAUGCCCUGCUAGAAAUCUUUGCUUUUGCUUCGGGUGAGGAAUUUUCGGAUUCUGGAUCUCCUCCUCCUUAAAAAGAUGGAAGAGGUUUGGAUAUUUUUACCUUUGACCCGUGAGGCAGCUAAAUGUAGGAAAGAGGUAGAAUUGUAUAGUUAUGUUCAGCUAAAUGGAAAUGCCCAUUGGGGGAUCUCAUGCUGCAAA